AUGAGCGCUCAACGGAUGGGAAUAAGGCAGGUAUGGGCGCUCACGGAUGAGAGUGAGGACGGGUAUGGGCGCUCAACGGAUGGGAAUAAGGGCAGGUAUGGGCGCUCAACGGAUGAGAGUGAGGGCGGGUAUGAGCGCUCAACGGAUGGGAAUAAGGGCAGGUAUGGGCGCUCAACGGAUGAGAGUGAGGGCGGGUAUGGGCGCUCAACGGAUGGGAAUAAGGGCAGGUAUGGGCGCUCAACGGAUGAGAGUGAGGGCGGGUAUGAGCGCUCAACGGAUGGGAAUAAGGGCAGGUAUGGGCGCUCAACGGAUGAGAGUGAGGGCGGGUAUGGGCGCUCAACGGAUGGGAGUGAGGGCGGGUAUGGGCGCUCAACGGAUGAGAGUGAGGGCGGGGAUGGGAGUGAGGGCGAAUAUUUCCAAGAAUAUCUCCAGAUACCUCCAGAUAUCUUCAGAUAUCUUCAGAUAUCUUCAGAUAUCUCCAGAUAUCUUCAGAUAUCUCCAGAUAUCUUCAGAUAUCUCCAGAUAUCUUCAGAUAUCUUCAGAUAUCUUCAGAUAUCUUCAGAUAUCUUCAGAUAUCUUCAGAUAUCUCCAGAUAUCUCCACCUUCGUGUACAGACAUCGCUCGUAA